AUGAAUUGCUGUGAUUUACUAAAUUUUGUAGCUUCGGCAUCAUCAUCUCCUCAAGGUGUCACAUCUGGAAGUACGAUGACAGCAUCGGAGACAGCGAAUUUACAAGAUGUAGUAUUAAAAAAUCGCCGUAAUGGUGGAAUUACGAUGCCAUCUGGCAACAGUAUCAAUAUGGAAGAUGAUAAUAAACAAAAACGUUUUCGUCAGCAAAAUAACAAAAAAAGUGGAUGUGUGCGUCCUUUGAACACCUCCAAUACUUCUCAAAAUAACGAUAAUUUGGUUUCAAACGAUAAAGCGCCGUCUUCGCCGGAACAGAAACAACAAGAAACCGUUAUUUUGGAUGAGAAAAUGAUGAAAACUGUAUGCGAUUUCAAGGAAGCUUACUGGUAUUAUGAUCCUAAAACGGAUGGCUUUUAUUAUGAUUCGAAAGGUUCUCGCGGUUGGCGUCGACGUAAUCCUGCUUGCUUGAGGAAACUAAUGCUAGAUAAAGUAAUAAGUUUUUGGCCUUCAAAUGAUGGAGUAAAAUAUCUUUCAACCGAUGCAAAUGUUGUUCCGCAUGUUGGAGCUGAUACAUGUAGUUAUCUUUACAACAAUAACAGUUAUUUCUCUCACCAUAUACAAUAUUAUGACCCUGAAACUGAUGGUUUCUAUUUUGAAAUGCCGUCAAUUGAUGGUUGGAAGAAGCGACAACCUCAAACUGUCGCCAGUACCACGAUGUCAUCAGCAGUACCUACACCAGCAUCUACAACAUCGCUAUCUCACAGUAGCAAUAGCGGAACGAAAAUGACAGAUACAAAUACUUUAUCUACUUUAUCAUCUGUCGCAAAGGAAGCUGAUACAGUUCGAACAUCAUAUGGUGCUGUUCUUGCUCGUGGACAAUUACCACCUUGUACUAUCACAGCUAGUACCACUGUCACCAGUGGAGCCAGUGCACAUGCAGCACCAGGAGAAACUUUUUCACAAGCGGAAUCAUUUUCAAACCGCUCGUCAAAUGAUAGUUUUUGUCCUCAGUCAUCACUGAUGUUUGACAAGGCAGUGGCGGCAGGAUGGGAUAAGGAGACGAAGAAUAAACAGAUAAGUUUAUCAUAUGUAGACAUUGUAGCUUCACCUGUCGAUACGGCCGGCAGCAACACUGCUACCAACGAUGACAUCGAGAACAACCCACCGACGCACCUCAUCACUAGUACUGAUUACAAGCGACCGGAAACAUUAGAAUUGCAUACUUUUGCGGAAGUUAAUGACGCAGUUAAUGAUGUGAAGAAUAAGCAAGAUGUGCGACGAUCAGAACUUACCAAUUUCAAUGCAGACAAAUUCAUCGCUGAUCUUCCUGUCAUCAGCACAGAACGAAUAUUGCGAGAUUUGGCAGCACUUAAAACACCAUGUUCAGUGACUUCAAUGUACUCCAUAGAUUCACCUCUUUCACCCUCUUUUGUUAAAGGAAUUAAUUCGCCUUUAGCGAAAACUAGUGCGGAUUACGACUCUUAUAACGAUGCUAUCUAUGAUGUGGAAUGGAUGCUGAGUCAGAUCUUAAGCCGUGCUGAUGAGAGGGAUUGGGCUCCAGAGAAGGCUGCUAGUGGAAAGUCAAAGUUAAACUUUUGGCGAAAUUCAGAUGAUUUGGUUGCUGGAGUUCCUAGGGUUUCUUGCGACAAUAUAUAG